AUGCUUCCCGGUGGCGUGUGUGCCGUUUUGGACUAUGAAGUCCCUCAAAUGACCGACUACGUUGCGGAGAUGACCCAGCGGUUGUGCAAUGCGGCGGUUCCAGUUUCCCCAGACUUCCGCAAGUUCGUCUCGGGUCUCCUAUCAUCCACUCGAUUGCCCAGUACGACUAUCCUACUCGGACUGAACUAUUUGUCUCGACGACUCAAUAUGCUCACUGCUGAGCAUGGUGAAUUCAAACCUAGCGAUGGUCAAGCCUGGCGUAUGUUGACAAUUGGCCUCCUUCUCGGAAGCAAAUUCCUCGACGACAACACGUUCCAAAAUCGAUCAUGGUCAGAAGUCAGUGGCAUCUCAGUGUCCGAAUUGAAUACGUUAGAGCGGGAAUGGCUAGGAAGUAUCAAGUGGAAUCUGUACGUCAACCUCGAUGAGAGCAAAGAUUUUCAGGCAUGGCUCCAGAACUGGAAAGUCUGGCGCGAGGCCAAGAACAUCCAGCGUGCGGCAACCCUCGAUCGUCUGGCACCGCUAGCCCCAAUCGACACCAAUGUUCAGAGAGCCCGACCAUAUUCGCAGACGCACGGUGGAUAUGUCAAGACUCCGUCUCAAAGAGACUCUGGUUACAACUCGAGCUAUGAUCAGUUGGCCUCUUGGAACACAUAUCCUACUCCCCAUCACACGCCUCCAUCUGCACCAGAUUCGGCGAUUCACACCCCUGAAUACAUGAGUGCGACUGGCGGAGGUCCCAAAUACAACGACUGGGCUCUUUACAAUCCAUAUCCCAGAGGAUAUCCAGCGCCACACCAUGCGGCAUACGUUUCUCAACCUCGUGUUGCUCCAUACCACACCCCGUUCUCCAACAAUUACGGUAAUCAGUAUGCUGCCAACAACUGGGAUUUCUCGAUGACCGAUUGCAACGACCCACACUGCAACCCAUAUGUGAAGCAGCCACAUUUUGCUACACACGGAUAUGGACAGCAAAUUGCCGCCUAG